GGUAUAUUGUAAUAAGUCGAAUGUAGUUUCAGUCGCACGGAUUCGUUCAUCGUCGGCACGCGCGUCGAUUGUGAACACAAUAUUAUCGUAUACUGGUCGGCGGCGGUUUUAGCACGAUAUAUGAAACAUAGGUAGGUGAACAUUAUUUUUAUUUAAUGUAAAAAAAAAAAAAAAAUCCUACACGCGUUUAAUAUGGACAGUUAAAUCGAAAAACUAUUUUCUUUUCCAUAUUAAAAAACCGAUAGUCUAAACCACCGUAUUGCUCGAAUAAUAAUAUCGUAUUUCUCAACCGCGUAAAAAUCUAACAUUCGGAAGUCUCCAUUACAAUUUCGAAAACACAUUUUCACGAUAUUUGUGCGUCAAUCGUUGUUCCUAAAACGAGUUACGAGUUAUGACUAUUUUAAAGUUAUAAACGUAUACUCAACAUAAUAAUAGGCGUUCUUUUUAAUAAUUAGUGUGUUUUGAAAAAUAUAACCGUUUUACUAAAAAUUAAACAUCUAAAAUGUUGCUAUAGAAAAUACAAUAUAAUAGACAAUUCGUCGUUUCUUUACAUUCAUAUAAACGUAUUAACUUAGCGUAGCUAAUACGUAGGUACUUUGUUCUACGUGUUAAUUUAUCGAUAACAGCGUAUUAUUCGUUUGUGAUAACACGGGCGAAUUAAUUUUGGCUGCUAUAGAAAUUCUAAAUUUUAAUUUAUUCCGUCCCAUUAGAACUCAUCGAUACCUAUAUAAAUUUUAUGCCGAUUUUCAAGUAUUUAAAUAUAAGUAUACGGGAUGAUCAACAUAUGUUAAACAUGAAUUGUUUCGAAAAACAAUAAUAUUUUACGGAAAUUGUUUACGAAAAAUGAUAACCUAUAUUAAAAAUUCCACAUACAGAUGGAGUUUUAGUUAAAAUCAAUUUGAAAGUUCAAAUUGAAAUCUUUGAUUUACUUCAAUGGUUUUACGGAUAUCUGAAAUUUAAACACCAAAAUGUAAUUAAACUAUCUCAUUUAUAUAUAUUUAUCCCAUCUAUUUAUGGAAUUUUUAGUAUAGGUGGCCAUUUGAAAAAGAAAAGUGGGUGUUGUUUUAAUCCUUUUAAAUAAUGGCGACAAAAAAUAACCUAAAUACAACAUUUUUGAACUGUGUGUUUCGUAAAUGUUUUUAAAAAACGUAUUUCGAAAAAAGUUAAUAUUUCCCAUGAUAAUGAGUGUCUUAUGUUGCAUUGAUCACCCUGUGUAGAUACGUACGGUUGGAUAAAAAAUAAUUAAAUUAUUUCUUUUGUCCCACAAACAAAUGCAGAAAGACGACCCCCCACCUCUUAUUCAUAUUACAGUCACAAUAUACUCGAGCUAUUGUCAUCUAAUUUCUGCACUGUCUGUUUAAGAAUUAAAAACAUUUUGCAUCAGUUAUUAGAAAAAAAACAGAACAAAACCUAGAGUGACUGUUUCGAUUUACGUCAAAAUUAAAAUAAAAAAAUACUCGUGUGCUAAAAUAUUUUACUCGCUCGUCAUCGCGUUUACAAUAAUUAUAAUUUAUAAUUAUUAUUACGUAUUAUCACACAAAAAAAAUUUAAGUUUAAUAUAUACAGGGUAUUUCACAAAGAUCUGACAAACACAUAAGUUUUGUUCCGUUCGAUAUUUUUUUCUCAUAAUAAUUACUAGAAUUUUGCGCUAUGAUUCCUGCAUUUUAAAUUUUGUUUAUAACUAAAAACAAAUUCUUUAAUUUUAUUAAAGAAUUUUUUUUUUUUUCAAAACCCAAGAAAGCUAUUUUUCAAAUACAUUUCAAAAAAAUAUUUUGGUAUUACCAAUAUUUACAAAUGACGAAUUGUUAAGUUUCUACGAUUUUUAAGUUUACAAAAAUGAUUUAGAAAAUUAUUGUUCAUGGAAAAACUACUGAAUCGAUUGAUACCCUUUAGUGGCAAUAACGAAAACAAUACGAAUUGUAAAUUUCAGAAAAUGUCAAGAGAUUGACGGUUUGUCGUCAGUAAAAACGUCUACCAAUAAAAUUUGUUUUCAAAAAAAAAAAAAUAUAUUAUACUUAUAAUCAAAGUGCGUGGUACCAAUACGUAUUACAAGAAGAAGAAAAAACAUCAAAACAUUAAACUGAACAAAAGUUAUUGCAUUUGUUAGAUCUCCGUGAAACACCCUGUAUAUGUGUGUGUAUAUUUUUUUUUAAACGUCGCAUUAUCACAAUAUUAUUAUUGACUAGGUAUAUAUAUAUAUGUAAGAAAAAUAACGCGGUAAUUAUAUUUUGUACGAGUUCAUCGCUGGUAUUAUUAUUUCGAUAUCUUAAAAAAAACGACACAUAUAAAACUAGGUAGACAAACUGACAGAUUAAACGGGUCGUCAUCGUCGUCGUCGUCACUGAUGCUCGUUUAUUUAUUUUUUCAUUAUCUCGCCUGAUGACCGUAUGUGUGUAUGUAUUUUUUUUUUUUAGACGAUUUUCAACGUUUUCAACCGUCGCAUUCGCGUAUUGUGCGCUAGGUACUCGACACCGCAAAUACAAACACGAAUUCGCGAACAAAUUUCGUUAUUUAAAAAACCAAUACAAUCCAAUAAUUAUUAUUUUUCGAAAUAAUUCAUAAUUGUUGCGUAGGUCUACCGACGGACAUGUCGAUACUUCAAUAUUAUAUAGGUGCAGCUGAUUAUACUUUUAUACGAAGGUUACAGUUGUAUUUAUUUACGUAUUUUAUAUUAUGUAUAAUGUAUAUGCGAUAUCGUAUAUUGUAGUAAUUUAUCAUAUCUAAUAAUAAAAACUCGAUUAUCCGCAAUUAAAUCGCACUCGGUAUAUUUUAUUCCACAUGCACAGUAUUCAAUAUAUUUUAGACUGUGCGCGUAACAAGGGAAUUUUUAAUUUGUUGUGUUGUAAUCAACUUUUCACACAAAAAACUUGAUGUAUCAAGUUUAGCACUUUUUUCGAAACGUUUAUCUAGUUAUUGGUUGCAUUAAGGAGAUCAAUUUUAGAUUUUCCAAAGGGUUUCAUAAUAAUUAGGAAAAAAAUCAAAAAAUCCUUGAAAUGAAAACGGAUUAAUAAGAGUAAGUAUAUGGCAUAAUAAUAAUUCGUUAUUUAAAAUUUUUACGAAUUAUGUUUUCCACUAAAAGUCUUGCUUCAACCCUUAAUAAUUGUGCAAAACCGGAAUAAAAGGGGAAAAAAACAGAAAAGUUUACGGAAAUAUAAUCGUUUCGUUAUUUUCAAUUAAGUUUUUUUUUUGUUUUUAACAAUGUUCGUAGAGACUUGAAAAGUUGACAGAAAACCUAAAUUUACUUCUUUUAGAUGUAGUAGAUAUAGUAAAUAUAAGUUGCAAUUUUUGAGACAUUUAUAGGUAUUUUAUGUUUGCAAGUUUUGCAUGUAGUUUUUGUUUGAUAGACACUAUGUAGAUAAAAUUGUUUGACCAAAUAGAAAUAUUUAUCACAAAAGUUUAAAAAAAAACAUUUCAAUAAUGACUACUCUGAAUUGUUGGAAAAAGUUGCUUAAAAAGUUAUUUAACGUUUACAUUUUUGAUGACAAAUAUACGACCACGGACAAACAACAUACUUAAUUGUAAAGUUAAAAGAUGCAUCCAACAAUAUUCACAUAGGUUUGUUGGACAUCAUAGGAAGAUGGUUGGAAAAUUUUGGAUACAAUUAAAAGCUUAGUACAAAAAAGAAAAUCUGAUGCUGGAAAGUUGGAUCCAUAUUACGAUUAAAUAAAACAAUAAUGUAAUUCUUCUACGGAAAUCAAAACUAAUUUGUUGGACCAUUUUCAAAAGUUGUUGAAACGUAUAAAUGUAAAUAUUAUAUUAUUUUUUUUCUAUUAUUAUACGCGCAUUGUAUGUACUGUUAUAGCGAAACUUCUGGUGAUGGCCGAAAAAAUGUAUUCAACAUAUUAAAAAAAAAAAUGUGUUCUUUAUUUCCAUUUAAAAAAAUCAAAUCUAAGUUGUUGAUCCAUUUUUAUAAGUUUUCGGAACUUGAAAGCGCAAAAAUUAAAUUAUUUCGUAUUUUUAUGUGUAAAUUAUGUAUAAGAAAAAAUCUCUUAAAUAUGUUGUUCUGGAACAAUAUAUAAUUAAAAUAAAUUGGUUGGAUUUCUUGAUUGAGUUUUCCAUGGAAUAACUGCAUUAUAUUGUUUUAUUUAAUCGUAAUGUGGUUCCAACUUCCCAGCACCACAUUUUCCAGUCAUCUCCGAACAAUGUCCAACAAACCCAUAUGAACAUUGUUCGAUGAGUUUUUUCAACUUUAUAUUCAAGUUUUACUCACCAUUGGUGCCGAAUACCCUUAGUGAGUAAAACUUGAAUAACUAAUAUAAUUUUUUCCAACGAAUUCCCACAAAUUUUCAACAAUGUCCAUUGAAUAUCUAAUAUUCAGAGGUUGUUGAAAUGUUUUUUAAAUUGUUGUGAUCUUUUUGGUGCUACCGCGUACCUUAUUAUAAGAAAUAAUAUAAAUAACAUGCCAGAUCAAAAUAUUUCUAUACAAAUUCAUUACUAACCAAAAUUAUUAUAAUAUAUUAUCUAUCAUAAUAUUUUUUUAUUCCGAUUUCGGCGAUCUCUCAAAAUGAAUGAAUCAUUCGAAUACCACCAGACUAGCUCGACUGUAAGCCUGGAAUUCGUAUUAAUUUUGUGUACGUGUAACGAAACGUGCUCAUUUCGAUCAUUUAAUAGUUUAAAAUUUUAAAUAGUUUCAUUGCGUAAUAUUGAGAAGAAGGUACUUACCUAUUUUAAAAAAAUGUUUUUACACAUUUCAUCUAUAUGGACGGGUGUGACUCGUUUCACUCAAACUCGAUCUUUUUCGUUUCGCCCAAACAUGUUUUAGGCAUUUUAAAAUUAAGUUGGGAAUGAUUUUUAAUCAUAUUAUUAAAAAUUUAUAACAAGUUAUUAAUUUAUAAAAAUUGGACACAGUAUAAUAUUAUAAUUCAUACAUAUUGUUAAGUAUGUAUACAGGACAUCCCUGUAUGAAGAUAAACCCCUUGAAUAUCUCCGGAGAUAAUGGAAAUAAUCAAAUUUUAAUUUUUUUUAUAUUACUCACAGGGAUGAGGAAUACAAAUAUUUAUCCAUGAAUUAAUUUUUUUUUUUAUGAAAAAAAUUUAAAAAAUAACUUUUUAUUUUAAUAUUUUCGGAAAAUUUUAAAAUAGCUAUUCUGUAGAGUUUAUUUUUCUGAAAAUGUUGAUAUAUCGCACAUUUAUAUCUGAUGAAUAGUUUCUAAGUAACAGCCGUUUUAAAUUCUGCCAAUCCGUUUUUAAACCGAUGUUAUCUAGGGAAUAACAUAACUACGUUACGUGAUAACGUUCCAAAAAUAAUAAGCUAAAAGUAUUUUUAAUCCAUUUACCAAUACUUUAAUUAUUUUGGUAUUCAGUUGGUAAACCGAAUUUUAAAACGUUCCUAUCCUAAGCCUGUGUCACGUGAAAACGACAACCGAUUAUUUUCAAUGAUGACCAAACAUCAUUGUCUGCUAAAUUAAUUGCUUUUUCAAAGUCAGUAAUGACAUAUUUUGGUGUAAAAUCUAAGCCUAUUUCUUUGCAUUUAUUUAAUAUUACGUUAAACGAAAAUUAUUUGUGCGAAACGGGAAAAGUCGAGUUUAGACAAAACGGGUCCCGCCCAUACGUGGCAGUGGACACGUCAUGUUCAAAGAGUAGCCUUGUAAAAAAUACUUUUUAAACGUGUUUAAGUACAGAUAUAGAUAGAUAUAUUGAACAAUUUUUAAAAUAAGUAUUUGAAUACUUGGCAAAAGUAAUAUUUUAGUAUAAAAACAAGUACUUCAAAAAAGUAUUUAUACAUUGGUACUUUCAAAUUGUUUGAAUAAUAUUUCUCUUAUCUUCUAAGUAAACUGGUUUUGUUUAGCAUUUUUCUAUUUCACAUUAAUUGUAUUGAUCAUUUUACACAUAUUAUUUGGUGUAGGUAAAAGAUAACUACAAUUGUUCUGUAAGCUAUAUAUCUGUUUCCAGUUAUUUAAGCAACAAACAGACAUCUCUAUAUUUUAACGACAAUUAGUUUUCCUGCUUAUAUUAUUAAAAAAUAUACGUCAAUUGGUGUAACAAUCAGGCAAAUAGUUAACGAAUCGUUAGAUACUGAGAUAUUAUAUAUAUAAAUGAAAAUAUCUGGUUGUUUUUUUUUUUUUUUUUGUACAAUAAGACUUAAGCGGAUAUGUUUUUUGCUCCUCCUGAACAAUCUUUUAAAUUGAAGACGUCUGUUUUUUGUCACCGGAUCUUAAACUGUCAGUUCGGUCGAGUCACACGAAAAAAAUAUCUAGGAAAAAUAUUUAUCUUUAUAAAAUAUUUUAAAUAAAACGUUUCUUGGUGUGCUUAUGCUAUUAUGCUUAUUACGCUUCUUAAAAAGUAUUGGCCUUUCUCAUAUGCAUCAAUGCAUCUUUCAGAAGCUGCAGCCGGUAAAUAGUAAUAACGGUGGUAUUAUAAUAAUAUUAUAAGUAUUAUUAAUGCGUUUAUUUUUAAAUACAUUAUUAUAAUAUAUUAUUAAAACAUCAUUAAUUUUUCAAUUAUUUUCAAGCAGCAGAGACAUUUCCAUUAUUGGAACUCAACCAUUUAGAGUAACAAUAAUAAAUAACUAUAACUGUAGAAAAUUUAAGUUACCAAAGUGAGAAUGAGGUGCAUUGCUCCAAAAAUAUCCGCUAAUAGCAUCAAAAUAUCUUUUUUUGUUGAUUACGUUAAUAUAAUAAUUCAAAAUUGGCCGAAAAAAAAAUUCACUAUUCACUAUUAGCUUUCUUAACUUUUAGAUUCUGAGCGGAGCGAGGAAUGUAUAUUGGUGUUUCAAUGAUGUUUAUUUUUAUAUUUAUUUUUUUUUUUAUCUGUGAACAACUUAUAUAGUAAUAUAAUUAAAUAUAUAAUGUCUAUGUAAUUAUUUUACCAUAAUAUAAUAUAAUAUAAAUAUUGUUGACAAAGCAACAUUAUUAACCGAACUCGGCUCAGAAUCGUUUUUCGUUAGCAAUGGUUAAUCAUUGUGCACAGACAUACAUUAAAUUACCCCUUUCAAAAACACUUGGAGAUCUGACCACAUUCCAUAAUAGAACACAAAUCCUCUAUACAUUUUACUGCUUAAUGAUUGCGACAUAAAAAUGUUGUAUGCACGAAAAAAAGAACCGAUACUGUUAAUGGGUGAACCACUGUUGUAGGUAAGUUUUAAUAUUAUAAAAGAUAAUUGACUUUAUGCAUGUAUGCAUUGAUAAAUCAUUGCUAACGAAAAACGUUUCUGAGCUAUGUUUAAUAUGUUUUAAAAUCCUGUCAUUUUUAUGAUUUUCAUCAAAAUAUUACCUCUAAACGCUUAUAAAAAAAACGAUUACAUUAUAAAGUACGUUUCGCCCAUAAAAUACAACCUGUAACGAACAAUGUUUUAAAUUUUGAGCAUUUUUGUUAGACCUAAAAAGUUGUAUCUACAACCAAAUAAAAACUAAACAAAUUUUCAACACUUUGAAUACGCUAUUUAUUUAAGAACUGCCAGAAUAUGAUGAAAAUGUUACUAAGUGGAUUUAAAAAUGCUAAUUUAGUAGUAAUUAGUAUUCUGUAAAAAUUGUUAGGCUCUACUAUUAUUUCAAACCAAAUGAAGUACAGUGAAAAUAAUAGUAGUAAAUUUUCUCAUUUUCCCUAAUUAUUGAGGAAACCGUAGAGAAAAUCAAAAAUGACCUCGCUAGUGCACCGAAUAGAAAACAUUUUCUUUUCUCCAAAAAGUUGUUACACGCGAAAAUUGGAGGAAAGUUCCGGUAGAAUUUUGUUUCCAGCCAGAGAAAAAAAAAACACGCGCAUCAUAGAAAAACUAAUAUAAAUUCCUCGCUACGUUCAUAAUGUAUAAAAAAAACCUACAUAAUUUUGACUGCGAAAUGUUCGUAUGAGUCGUUAAAAAACAAAAACAACCAAAAUGAACAAUACAAUAAAAUAAUAAAUAUAAUAUACAUCUGAAAACGACCGGCGACCGCAACACAAUAAUAAUAACAUCACAUGAAGGUAAUGUACCAUAUUCUGACUCGGUAGUGUAGGUACAGGAAACCGUAAUUAUAAUUACGGCCCGGUAUUCAGCGAUUAAUUACCGGUCCCACUGAUCAAGGCCGUUUACAGGCGGCACUGGUUCCAUAAUGAAUUAUGAUAAUAGUUUUUUUUUUAUUAUUUUUAAGUACCUGUAACACAUAUAUUUUUUAUCCUCAAAUUUUCGCCAUCGUCUCGAUAUUAUAUUAUUCAUUCGCCCCGCGGCGAAAAAUUCCCGUUAAAUCGCGCACGCGUUUUCUAUAGAAUAUAUAUAUAUAUAUUGUAAUUUGUAAUAUUUAUACUAAAGGCGGUCGGCUAGCAAUUUUUUUUUUAACAAAACAUCGCGUGCCAUUCACUGUUUCUCACGUACAAGUGUGCAACACGCGAAUGCUCGUCUAUACGCGUCAUUCGACAGGUGCAACCGGUGAAAAUACCUACGAACAAAAUGUAUCGCGGAUGAAAAUAAUGUGUCUGUGUAGCGCAGCUGUAUUUCUCCAGUAAAAUAUAUUAUAGCUUGUAAACACAUGUUUAUUCUACAUUUACUCGUAUAUAUCAUAGAAAACGUAAAUUAAAAUGGGAGGAUUGGGUUGUAGGAGCGGUGGAACCUGGAAUACAAUUGAGUGAGACAGUGGAGGACAGAAAUAGGGGAAUAUUGGCUUGGAGGCCUAGUUUUCAAAACCAUUACCCCUUAAAAGGACCAUUUACAUAGACAGGUAUUACUAUUUGGUUUUCUUUUUUUUUUUUUUUUGAUUUUACUCUGGUUACUUCACAAAAAUGACGCUAUAUUAUAUUCUGUGGUUAUUACAGAAUUAUCGUUCGGAAUAUCUGAUUUAAAAUUUUUGUAAAGUUUAACGAAACGUGGGAAGGGCCGUUUGAAGAUAACCCCCCGAAGUUAAUUUCAGCCAUUGAUGUAAACGACCACUAAACUUACAAUCGAUGGUGUAUGCAAGGGGAAGUUUGGGGUUAUAUUCCUUUCCCCCAUUGGUUUAAAAAUACAACUAUAAAUAUUUAUUUAGUAGGUAACUCAAUCUUAAAAUGUGUAUGAUUUCUGCCGAAAUAUAAAGAUAGUUUUGAUUAUUAUUGAAUUGAAAAUGGCUUUUUUGAAUCCGGUUUUCAAAUUCUCGUUGUCGGGUUGUAAAUGGAUACAGUGGUGUGCGCAAGGGGGGAAGUAGGGGCUUAAAUAGAAAAAUAAAUAUGAGUAAUCUAAUAUCAAAAUGUAUAUUAUAUUUUAGCCAAGUUACAAAGAAUAGGUUGAUAUAUUGGUUAUAAAUUGGCUUUUUUUAGGAUCCGGAUUUUAAAUUACUAAUUACCAUUGUCAAGGUUGGUAGAGAAAAGGAUUUUACGAUUUAUAGACGAUUCGUAUUUGCUAAACCUCCUCUCAUUGAUUUCUGGGCACGCCAAUGAGUGGAUAUAAUUUUAUAUAAAAAGUUCUAUGGUUUAUUCGUAACUAUUAUUUACUAUACAUUUUCUCUACUUUCAAAAUUCUCAGGCACGAUACUGCUUAUAAUAAUAUUGGAUUAAGUACCUAAAUUACCAACAAGAAUUGACUACUUUAGUUCGAUUAAAAUCUAUUGGUAGUGGGUGUUAUAGGUUUUAGUACUCGGUAACCAAUAAACGUUAUUACGACUAGUUUCUGAAAUGCAAUAAUAACCCACGGCUACGUUCGUUUGAUCGUGAAAACAUAAUACACUCGGUCGGUCUACUAUAUUAUUAUAACAUCAAUAAUAUUUUCUAAAAUUGAAUUGCGACUUUAAAGCGUGUUAUUAUAUCAGUGCGGAGUGACUCUCGUGAUCUCGAAAUCCGGACGGUUCGGUGUUGGGUUAUAAAACUUACUGCCCCGUAAAUACCGUUGCAGUGCAUACAAAACGAGUUGGCGAAAUAUAAUAAUAAUACAGUAAUUACUUAACGGUGUGGGUUUGAUUGAUUAUACGAAAGUGUAUACGUUUUCUCGCGUAACGAGGCCGUCGGUAUUUUUUAGCGGUGCAACAAAUACAUAGGCGAAAAAAAAUCCACCAAUCUUUGUAUCCGACCGAGAGACAAGCGAUUUAUUAUUUUCCGCGGUCGUCGGCCUGUUAAUUUAUUAUCCGGCACAUACUCCCGGACGAUGACACUCGCUCGACGACGUACAGCGUACAAAACACGAACAAAUAUCCCGAAAUUGGUAAAAGAUUUCGUCGAAAUCCCAUUAUACGAGCGUGUAUUAUUAAUCUUUGAACGAAUUUAAAAAAAAAAAACUUUUUUUAAAAUUCCUCUGCGCCUGCAAUAUCUAUCGAAUUGUUCACAACAUAUUUUACCCGACCAACCUUGCACUAGCGUUGAUGUGUUUUAUCUUUUAGGUAUCUUAUUUAGACAAGUUAGAAAUAAGUUAUCAGAGCUAUUAUCAUAUUGAACCGCCUAGAUAAAUAUUUUUAAUUGUAAUUACUCUCCCCAUUUUAUACACAGAUUCAAAUGGAGGAUAUAUUUUAAUAAAUCUGUGAUAAACAUAUUAAUAUUUUUACCGGAUUUAUCGUUUAUCAACAGUUUAAAGUUUAGACCAGAAAAGAAAAAUCACUGAUUUAAUCUCUCUGGAUACCUAUCAUGUAAUCCGUUAAUCGACGUCAUAAAAUAUCUAUACACUAAUAAUACAUAUAAUAUUUAUUUCAUUUGUAGUAGAUAACGCUAUUAUGGGAUGGGCCCACUGUUCUUUGGACUGGUAAAGUUGUUCGGAAUCCAACAAUUUCACCGGGAUUUCUACCCAGAGAGCGGCCGCACAAGUAUUUAGGUACACGUACUACCUAGAAGGUAGGUAUAAUAUACCUAUCUAUUAACACCGGUAACAUCUUUUUAAAAAACAAAAUUUUUAUGUUUACGUUUUUGGACAAAAUAUUGAAUUGCUACUUAUACAGGUAUGUAUCUUCAUUAUUGUUAUGAUUCGUUAAAUUUAAGGUGGCUACAGUAUCGGCGGCCGACCCGAGGGCUCUUAUGUCUUGUAUCGCGUGAACGGUGUGAACGCCGCCGCCCGCAAUCCGGUGAAAAAUAAUGAUGGACUUUGGGGAUGAGUCGUCGAGUCGGUCUCCGCCGCCGUUCUCACCGUCGAUGUCCGUCGGACUGUCUCUAUCAUCACCGCCACUACUGCAGCCGCCGUCAAAGUCGUCGGUGGCCGCGUUCAAGCCCAAACGAUCAGCCGCCAUAUCGCACCUGACGGGACUGGGCAACGGUGGCCGCGGCUGCACCGAUUUUUACCUGAAGGACCCACUGUUGUCCGUUCAGCAGUCAAACGGUUCGUCCGCCGCAGUAGCGUUCGAGGCCGCAGCAGUGGCGUUCGAGACCGCCACAGCCAUGGCUACCGCAGACACCACCACAGACGUCAUGACCACCGAUUGCCACCUGACGGCCAAGACGAACGGACGGCCUAGCCCGACCACAAUCAAGUGGGCCGUUUUUUUUUUCUUUAUAAAGAUUUAGUUAACUAAGUGUGUAUACAUAUGCAUAAUGUAUAUGUUAAUAAUUAUGCACGUAUCAAAACAAAUCGUGCCGUCAGUCCUAUUUUCGGACAUAAUUAGAAUAUAGACUUUUAAUUUGAUCUAGACGCAUUCUCGUAUCGCGGAUUUAUUCAAUCUUUCAUUUGUUCGUUUCAGUUUUAAAAAACCGAAUUUGACGUUGACGUCGAUCUAUCGGAAAUCCAAAAGACGGGCGCUGGCAAAAAACGGCGACUGCAACAUCAUCCUGGCCAACAUACCGAAAUUGCGCCGGCGCUACAUGCAAGACCUCUUCACCACGUUGGUGGACGCUCAGUGGCGCUGCACACUGAUGGUGUUCUUGAUGAGCUUCAUACUCAGUUGGUCCGGUUGCGGCUUCAUUUGGUACAUGAUCGCCUACACGCACGGCGAUUUCGCGCCGGAAAACAUGAACAACGUCACGUGGCAGCCGUGCGUAAUAAACAUGCAAUCGUUCACGGCCAGUUUUUUGUUCAGCAUCGAAACGCAGCAUACCACCGGUUUCGGUUACCGGAUGGUCACCGAAGAGUGCGUGGACGCCAUAGCGUUCUUCUGUUUCCAGAGCAUCGCGGGACUGAUGAUUCAGGUAAAUCUAUACAAGAAAAAUGAUGUUUAGAAUCGUGGUUAAAUAGACUAACUACACGCGGGCACGCAACUCCGCGGAAACGGAUGUUUCCGAUCUCUGAGAGUAUUUUUUUCCCCAGACUUGAAAGAAACCGUUUAGUACGCGAUUUUCUACGAUUUUCUUUUCUUUCCGAUCACGCAGGCGUUCAUGGUGGGCAUCGUGUUCACAAAAAUGGCCCGGCCGAAACAGCGCAGUCAGACCAUUAUGUUCAGCAGAAAUGCCGUGAUAUGCCAGCGAGACGGACAGCUGUGCUUUAUGUUUCGGGUAGGUGACAUGAGAGAAAAGUCUCAUCUGAUCGGGGCCUCGAUCAGGACGCGGUUCAUUCGGUCCCGGAUGACGCCGGAAGGAGAGAUGUUGUCACCACACAUCACCCAUUUGAAAGUGAGUCGAUCAGAGAGUGAAAAAUUAUAAUACAACAAUUUACCGCAGGUUUCUAAAUUAUUUUAAAGAAAUGCCCGGACAGUUUUUAUCACCGUAUUUCCGAUGCGUUUUAACAAAAUUUAGCUUCCGGUAAUUUUAAAAAUAUUUUUAUGAAUACAAACGUUGUAUACAGAAUGAUCAGAAUUUUAUAUUACAAUUUUCUCCCAUAAAUAUAUAAAAUAAAGAAAAAUGUAUAAUACAAAUGUUUUUAGAUUUAUAAACAUCUAAAGUAAUUUAUAUUAUUUUUUUACUGUAUUAUUUUUUUAGGGGGGGGGGGGUUAAAGGUAAACUUUUGAAAUUCAAAUGGGAAUUCAGAAUUCCAUAAAAAGAUACAGUAUUAGUAUAAAUAAAUUUCGGUGUAGACAUUUUCUAUUUCUGUCAACUCGUUGACGAAAUAUUUAACUUUUUAAUGUAGGUAGGUGAAAGUAAUGGCGUUUAAAUAGUGUUUACAAAUUAUUUUAGAUGUUUAUAAAUCGAAAAACUUGUAAUAUACAUUUUUAUCUAUUUUAAAUAUGUAUAGGAGAAAAUUGGUGUAACAUAAAAUUCUGAUCACCCUGUAUAUUAUAGACAUUAUAGUCAAACACAUGUUGGUAAUUAGCAUACUUUCAUAUCUUUGGAGUCAUAUUACCUGACACUUGACUUUUAAAGUACACUUUUUUUUAAUUUUUAAACAGAGAAGACGGUUUUUAAUUAUAUUUUACUUUUCUCGUUUGUAACAAAACAAUCUCGUGGUGUUAAACGCAGCACGAAUAAUUGAAAUAUAUAACAAAACAAUGUGCUAUGGACAAAAGAUAAUAUUACUGUUUUUAACCCGAGGCGUUUGUUAUGGAUGACUUUUCUCUUUAAGUAUUCAUAACGUGUAUAUCGAUGAAGAAGAAGUCAGUAGUUGUAUGUCCACUUACGUUGUACGUUCCAAAAACAUUUCAUGUAUCCACGCAGUAGAUUUGGGACGACUUUUAGAUUCCGCUAAAUAUGGUAUAGCCAUUAUAGACCAAGACUAUUAUAUUACUGUAGGUUUUUUUGUGUAAAGUAAUAUGAAAAAUAAUAAUCAGCCGUCAUGCGUGUGCGUUGAUCUACACCUAUCUUCCUUAUCUCCUAGUAGGUACUAUUUUUAGAUUUUUGGAUUGCAUUUCAGGUUUUUUUUACUUGAAUACUUGCUCUAAUCAUAAUUUUUAUACAUAUCCAAAAUUAGUCCAAAAAAUCAAUUUUAAUUUAUAUUAAUACAUGCAAAUGAUUUAAAUAACAUUAUAAUUAGGUUUUACGUGGUUUAUUAACAAUAACAUAACAAGUAAGUACGAUAAGUGAAUGCUGAUUUCACUUAAAUUUUAAGCAUACAAUUACUACCAUUUCUAAAAAAAAAAAAAUUACAAAAAUAUGGAUGUUUGGUGUUUUAAACUCAAAAACACGAUUUUUAGAAAAAUCGAGCAUCCUGAAGUUUUUUUAACCAUAACUUCCAAAUGAAGUUUGAGUGAAUUCUUUUGAAAGUACCAAAAAAUAAGCAUGCAAAAACACACAUUUUGGAGAAAAAAUAUUCUAAAAAAUCGAUUGUGAGCUAAACUGCAUUUAUGCCACACAAAAUAAAUACAACUAAUAGUUCGUAUAUAUAUAAUGUCACCGUGGUGUACGCUAUACACGACCGUGGUUAACGUUUAUGAUAUUUUUAUAAAAUAAAUAACGAGUAAAUUGUUACUAAUUUAUAAUGAAAUAAAAAUACAAAAUACAUUUGUGUUCAAAUUCCAAUAUGUUUGUUAUUUCUACAAUUAAAACUAAAAACACGUUAUAAAAUUUCGGAAACACAUUUGCAAUUCAGGGGAUACAGUAUUUCAGGCCCUGAUUAUUAAUAAUAAAUAAUAAUAGAUAAAGUAGAUUACUACUUGUAUUAUAGAUAUAUUUGUUCUAACAGAAGAAAUGAUAAGAUAAAAGUAUUUUUUAGAGAAUAAAGGAAAUUCUACUUGUUUCUCGGUGAGAUUUGGUGAUAAGAUAGUGGUUUUAACGUCAAACAAUUCGACAUGGACCGUAACACAAGUUUCUUCCAUAGUUUGGUACCAUAGAAUUCGUCCAAUCACAACCGAACUUUAGAAACGAUCUCUAUGUCACUUUUAGACCACCUCAAUAAUCAAUAAUGAAAUUUUUCAGGAGAGGUAAAAUAUCACGAAGAUAAAUGUCCGUAGUUACACCGGACUUGAGAAUGUCUAUCUGCCCCUAAAAACAACCAUAAAGUCAUGAACCUUCUUUUAAUCUUAAUUCGUUUAUUCUGUUUGUAUUGUUUAUGUAAACUACGUCAUCUAUCAGUGAGUAGAGUAUUUUUUCAAUUCCGGAAGGCCGAAAGUUCUUAUCCGGGACAUUACAGCGUGUGUAUUUUUGUAUUCCGGAUUAUUACAAUCCAGGACUUUCUGGUAUAAGCAUUUAUGCUUUCCAGAUUUUUACAGUUCGGAAUAUUCCGGUCAGAGCAUUUAUUUUCUCGGUUGAUUACAGCCUAUCAUAAUAUUCUAUUUUCCGGAUUUUUACAGUUCGUAUGGUUAUUUUCCGGACAAUUCUGGUUUACCUGCCUUAUUAAUCUAUUUAUACGAAACCUCUUUUCAGGUGAGCAUAGAUGACUACGACGAUCAAGUGUUCCUGAUGUGGCCAGUCGUAGCCGUACACAAGAUCGACCGAGACAGUCCUAUCUAUGAUCUAAGUGCCGCGGAUCUACUAAACGAGAGAUUCGAAGUGGCUGUAAUCCUGGAGGGCACCACCGAGUCGACCGGACAGACGGUGCAAGCUCGAACUUCGUAUUUGCCGUCCGAGGUGCUCUGGGGCCACCGUUUCCGACCGCUGGUCAAAUACUGCAAAACCAAAAUGGCGUACGAAGUUGAUUACUCACUGUUCCACGAGGUGAGCAAAGUGGAUACACCACUGUGCAGUUCGAAAGAUUUGGAAAACUAUCUCAUAAUCAACAACGAUUCGAAUCAAAAUAUCAUGUGACGCCAUGUAACGUGUAAUAUAUUAUAUUAAAUGUAUUCUGGUCAUUUCUUUGUUUAAAUUCCCUUUUUAGUUAACGAGCGAAGCUAUAAUUUUAUGUUGUCACACUGCGGCGAUGUGUGCAGUACCCCGUCACAAAGGUUGCCCGACAGAAGCGUAUAUAUAUUUUCAGCUUUCGGCAUGCGAGUACUAAUUUUUAUAAAAUUAUAUUCACCUCCCAAAUCAUUUAAUAAUUACGGGAAUAAGUUAAAUUAUUAUACACGUAAUUGUAUUUUUGAUUAUAAUAUGCCAACAACUUCAGUAAAACAAAAU